GAUGGAUUCUCUGGUGGAUGGGAACCACACUGCAGUGACAGAAUUCAUUUUAUUGGGCUUAACGCAUGAUCCAGUCCUUCGAGUCAUCCUCUUCAUCAUCAUCCUGUGCAUCUACCUGGUGACUGUAUCUGGAAAUUUCUGUACAAUCCUUCUCAUCAGAGUCUCCACUCAGCUCCAUCACCCCAUGUACUUUUUUCUGAGUCACUUGGCUUUUGCUGACAUGAUCUUUUCAACUUCUGUCACACCAAACAUGCUUGUUAACUUUCUGGUAGAGAGAAAUACAAUUUCCUAUCUUGGAUGUGCCAUCCAGCUUGAUGGGGUCAUUUUCUUUGGGACAGUUGAAGGUUUCCUUUUGGCAGCCAUGGCCUAUGAUCGCUUUAUGGCUAUCUGUAACCCAUUGUUAUAUUCAACCAAAAUGUCCACACAAGUCUGUGUGGGAUUACUUGUGGUAACUUACAUAGGAGGCUUCCUUAAUGCUUUCACCUUCACCCUUUCUUUCCUUUCUUUACUCUUCUGUGGAUCAAAUAGAAUUAAUCAUUUUUUCUGUGAUUUUGCUCCUUUAGUUGAGCUCUCCUGUUCUGAUGUCAGUGUCCCUGCAGUUGUUCCCUCAUUUACUUCUGGUUCUAUCAUUGUGUUCACAGUGAUUGUCAUAGCCAUCUCCUAUAUCUACAUCGUCAUCACCAUCCUGAAGAUGAGAUCCACGGAAGGACGCCACAAGGCCUUCUCCACCUGCACUUCCCACCUCACUGCUGUCACUUUGUUUUAUGGGACAGUUACAUUUGUUUAUGUGAUGCCCAAGUCCAUGUACUCCACUGACCAGAACAAAGUGGUAUCUGUCUUCUAUACUGUGGUGAUCCCCAUGUUGAACCCCCUGAUCUACAGUCUCAGGAAUAAUGAUAUUAAGGAGGCUCUGAAGAAGCAUCUUAGUAGAAAAAUAUUUUCCUAG